ACAUCUUUGCCAUAGAGGGAGUACAAAGAAGGUUCACCAGAUUGAUUCCUGGGAUGGCAGGUCUUUCAUAUGAAGAAAGACUGGAUGAACUGGGCUUGUACUCGUUGGAAUUUAGAAGAUUGAGGGGGGAUCUGAUUGAAACGUAUAAGAUCCUAAAGGGAUUGGACAGGCUAGAUGCAGGAAGAUUGUUCCCGAUGUUGGGGAGGUCUAGAACGAGGGGUCACAGUUUGAGGAUAGAGGGGAAGCCUUUUAGGAUCGAGGUUAGGAAAAACUUCUUCACACAGAGAGUGGUGAAUCUGUGGAAUUCUCUGCCACAGCAAACUGUUGAGGCCAGUUCAUUAGCUAUGUUUAAAAGGAAGUUAGAUAUGGCCCUUGUGGCUACAGGGGUCAGGGGGUAUGGAGGGAAGGCUGGGUUCUGAGUUGGAUGAUCAGCCAUGAUCAUAAUAAAUGGCGGUGCAGGCUCGAAGGGCCGAAUGGCCUACUCCUGCACCUAUUUUCUAUGUUUCUAUGUUUCUAUGUUUCUAUGCCUCACUUUCUGGUUGCAAUUAAGCCCUCUCUUCUUCAUAUUUUGUCACCCAGUGUGCAGGUAUGGGGCGGUGGUUGGGGUGUAUGGGGUGUCACGUAGGGGUAGUACCUCUGGUGGGGGAACAUGUCGCAUCCUUUUCAAGGUGGUUAGUCCACCUUUGGUCCCCACCUGGCACUCAGCUCUCACCUGUGGCUCCCCGUAGCUGUUUGCAUGCGACAGCGGCCACACCCCGGGCAAUGGCUUCGACAAGCCGGCUAAACCAGGUGAGGGUAGCCGACGGGUCUCAAACCCUCGGUGAGAUAGGGAGUUGUCUAUCCCAGCAUGUGAAGACAGACUCCAGCGGAUUGAACGGACGAGACCAAUGGAAGGUCCAACGGUCAAGAAGGCGGUCUCUGCAAGCGUCAUGGAACGUGUAGAGCAGGACAAGACACAGAAAAUGUCCUGGUCAUCCACUGCGCCUAGUCCCAUCUCCAGCCGUCUAGACUCUGUCUUGCCACUGGAUCCAGAUGGGAAUUGGGAAGAGGGAGUGAGGCUGACGCUGCGCAACUCUCCCUCACUUAAAUCCAAAUCACGCGCUAGUCUCGACACCAUCAGCCGGCUGGCGGUGCAGUGACAUCAGCGCUGGACUCCGGGAGCGAAGGUUCCCGAGUUCGAAUCCAGUCGAGCCGCUCCCGGGCACGCUUUCCAUCCGUGCCGGGUUGAAUGUCAAGCUAGCAACUCGACCUCGUAAAAAGUACUAAUGGUGUCGAGGUUGUCAUCGAUGACGAUGGACGAACUUUAUGGGGCGGUGGGAUGGGUGGUUGGUGGUGUGAGGCAGGAGGAAGCCAUCCCAGUAAACUUGCUCUUGAGACUAGCCAGAUUAGCUAUGCAUAGGUCCUGGAGGUGAGUGGUGUGGUGGAGAGUGAAGAAGAUUGUCUAAGGUAACAUCAGGAUCUCCGGGAAUUUUCUGGCCAUCGGUUCCAGCCCGGUUAUCCCUGCAGGAAGAAUACUCGGUGCCCAGAACCAUUGGACUUCUUUGGGGAUAGAUUGGCUCCUGUUUAAGAAACCAGCCUCCCCUCCAUGGACUCUGUCUAUACUUCUCACUGCCUCAGUAAAGCAGCCGGCAUAAUCCACCCACGCUGGCCAUUCUCUUCUCCCCUCUCCCAUCAGGCACAAAGUGCCAACGCCUGAAAGUACUUGCCACUGGGCUCAAGGGCAUUUUCCACCUCACCGCUACUGGAUGGCCCCCUAAUACGAGGAGAUGAAACUUGAUCUCACAAUCCACCUCGUUAUGACCUUGUACCUUAUUGUCUACCUGCACUACACUUUUUUUGUAGCUGUUAUACUUCAUGCUGCAUUACCGUUAUUUCACCUGGUCCCACCCCAAUGAUUUUGAUCUGUAUGAACGGUAUGCAAGACAAGUUUUUCACUCUAUUACAGUAUUACGCUGUUAUAUUUAACGGUAUUAUGGUACUAUGCUAACACAGAUGUCUGUCCGUCUAGGUACCAUGUCCGAUGCAGACUUUGGUGACCAUGGUUUUCCAUAUAGAUCUAUCCCUCGUUCUUUGGAUAACUUCCAUUUCCUCGAUGUGUAGCCACCUCACUAGGCUUUUGAUGUACAUAAGACGAGGUCUUCCUCUAGGUUUGCUUCCCUCGAUCUUUCCAGUGAGUAUGAGUUUUUCCAGUUCAUCUUUCCGCAUAAUGUGUCCCAGGACUCUGAGUUGCCUUUCUCGUAUUGUUGGUACAGUCGGUGAUCAAAACUCCAAAUUCAUCCACGCCAACAUCUUAUACAACUUCAACAUAACAUCCCAACUCCUGCACAAUAUGUUGAUUUAUGAAGACUAAUAUGCCAAAAGCUUUCUUUCCAGUCCUGUUUCCCUGUGAUGUCAUGUUCAAGAAAUUAUAGAUCGAUAUUCCCAGAUUCUUUUCUUCUAUCGCACUCCUCACUGUGUAAGUCCUCCCCGCUUUGUCCUCCCAAAGCGCAAUGCCUCACACUUGUCUGCAUUAAAUUCCAUGUUUCCAUGUUUCAGUCCAUUUCUCAGCUGCAAACUUUGAAAGGGUUUCUCGCUGUCAACUAUGCCCCCUAUCUUGGUGUAAUCUGCAAAUUCACUCACCCAGUUUACCACAUUAUCAUCCAAAUCGUUGCUAUAGAUGACAGACCACAAUGGACACAGCACUGAUCCCUGUGGCACACCACUAGACACAGUCCUCCAGCCAGAUGUACAACUAUCUACUACCACUCUCUGUCUUCUUUAAGACAAUACUGAAUCAAAUUUUCUACUUCAUCCUGAAUGCCAAGUGACCUAAACUCUGGACCAGUUUCCCAUUUGUCAAGUCCAUGUAAACAUCCACUGCCUUCCCUUUAUCAGCCUCCCUGGUAGCCCCUUCAAAAAGCUCUAUCAGACUGGUAAGAUACAAACUACCUUUUAGUCCUGUCUAUCUAGUGUGACAAAAUACCAAGUUAUCAGAAGAUUGAUGCCGAUAAGAGAGAUAAGAGAGAGACAAAUGGGGGAAACAUUCAAAAUGCUAAUCAGGGAGAGACGAGAGAGAUUACCGAAAAGAGACACAGUUCCGAGUAUUGUUUAGACCGGUUGCUUUGAACCUGAACUGUUUGAAGUUUGAUGGACAGACGAUACCCCAGCAGGGGGAUAAAAGGAACAGGUUCGCUAAGGCAAGACACACCACGACACCACGAGAUAACGAGACCCUGGAAGUGCAGUGUGCCCCCACAAGUUGGUGGGAGUUUUGGAGGUCUGGUCGCUGGACCAACCAUAGACGCACAGGGUGGAAAGGUACGAUCGGCGGGAACCUGGUGUGUGUGUCAGCCCUUGCCUGGGUGCCGGGUUUACCGCAGAAGAACGAUCGUAUCCGGAAUGGAGGGGUCACAGUCGGUGACCUCAGAAGACGUUACAAAGGGCUCGCCUGAAAGCUAACUGCGAGGAAUAUCAAAGGUCUGUUGAAUCCGAUUUGAAUAUCAUCAUUUGCUCUCUUUCUCUCUCUCCCCCCAAUGGCACAACAGCGAUUGCUGCGAACUGAACUGAGCUGAACUGAACUCUGUGUCACUUGAGACUGAUCAUUUUACCCCUAGACUGCGAUAGAGCUUGUUUGAUUCCUAUUAUCCUAGUUCUGUGUACAUGUGUGUUUUAUCAUUGCUAACCCGUUGCAUUUAUAUCCUUACGUUUAGAGUACUGUGUUACUUAUUUCUUUAAUAAAACUUUCUUAGUUCCAGUAAUCCAGACUCCAACUAAGUGGUCCAUUUCUGCCGGUUUGGCAACCCAGUUACGGGGUACAUAACAUAAGUGGGGUUCUCGUCCGCGAUUUUGAACGCUAAAUUUGGGACUGGGUAAAUUGACUGGGUUAAAAUUCCCGAAAGAAAGAAAAAGCAAACAGCAGAAAUGGAGACUGAGGAAUUUCUAAAGGUGCCAACCUUGGAGGCAUUAGAGGAUGCCAGGAAAGUAGAAUUGGCAGCUGUGGCCAAACGGUUGAAUCUUUUUAAGGGGAAGUCGACAAUGAGGAGAGAGGAGAUGUACAGAGCUAUCAUAGAGCAUUAUGUGUCUAAAGGUGUGUUUCCCCAAGGGGAGCUGGAGGUGAUAUCUAUUGGAAAACUUGUUGGAGACGCAGUACAGGUGCAGCUUGAAAAAUUGAGACUCGAGCACGAGUUCCGGGUAAGACAGCUAGAACACAAAGAGAAACAGUUAGAACGACAACGAGAAGAGAGAGAGAGGCAGUUGGAGUGAGAAGAGAGGAACAAACAAUUGGAGCGAGAAAAGAGGCAGUUGGAGAAACAGAGGAAAAGGGAAUUUGAACUGGAGAAGUUAAAGAUGAUGGCAGUGCAGGGGCCCAUGCCGAACCAAGGUGGAGGGUUCAGAGCGACCCAGGAGGUUAGGCUGGUUCCCCCAUUUGACGAGACCAAUGUUGAUCGGUACUUUCUCCAUUUUGAAAAAGUUGCUGUAAGUCAGGACUGGCCGAGGGAUAAGUGGGCUGUUUUGCUUCAGAGUGUACUUAAAGGAAAAGCCCAACAAGCUUACUCGGCUUUGUCCGCAGAAGAUGCCCAGAGGAAUGAAGUGGUGAAAGAGGCCAUCCUCAGGAUUUAUGAGUUGGUCCCGGAGGCAUACCGGCAGAGGUUCCGGAAUGCGAGGAAGCAGUGGGGCCGCACUUAUUUAGAGUUUUCCCGUGAGCAGCAGACAUAUUGUGAGCGUUGGUGCGCCUCGAAAGGGGUCAAUGGGGAUUAUGGCAGACUGCUACAACUGAUCCUGAUUGAGCAGUUUAAAGGUUGUGUCCCUGACGGUAUGAGACCCUACCUAGAUGAGAAAGAGGCAGACACUUUAGCCACAACUGCUAAGUUAGCGGAUGAGUACACGUUGACGCAUAAAAUGAAGUUUGCCCCGAGUAAAGGCUACCAGAAGGGUAGUCAAGAGGGCGGGGAGAGUCUGCCAGAAAAGUCAGAAAGUAAGCCAGGGACUAGUGAGAAGGAUAAGGUAGACCGGGAGCAGUUUGGUAGGAAGUCUCCUGGGGUCGUAUGUUAUAAUUGUGGGAAAGUCGGACACUUUGCAUCCAGGUGCUUUGCCCCAAAGAAGGAGACGGGGAAAGGAAAAACGGCAGUUCCGACUGGCUGUAUUGAGCUGGUAAGCAAACCGCUAGGAGAGGAGAGGGCUAACAAAGUUCAGGAAGGGCGCGAGAGGUUUAUCUCUGCCGGAUUGCUGUCGGUGAAGGAGGGGUUAAACCCAGUUCCAGUAUGGAUCUGGAGAGACACGGGAGCUUGUCAGUCAUUGAUAUUAAAGAGUGUGUUAGACUUUAGUUCAGAGACCCAGACUGGGGAGGUCAGGGUCAUAAAAGGCAUUGGGAAAGGGACCGAAGCAGUACCUUUGCACCAGAUACACCUAAAAAGCGACUUGGUCUCCGGACCGGUCACGAUCGGGGUGAGGCCCGAACUACCGAUGAAAGACGUGGAGGUCUUACUCGGUAAUGAUUUCGCCGGCGGAAAUGUGUUCUCAGCAGUAAAACUGACAAGCCAGCCUGGCAGCAUUGAGGCCCCGCCCAUGGACUCACAGGUUUACCCCAUUUGCGCAGUGACUCGGCGUAUGUCUAGAAAGGCUGCCGACGUAAAUAUAGAAUUGGCAGAGAUGUUUUUACCAGCCUUUUACCAGGGGGAGGUAGAAAGUGAAAAGAAGGAGCGUAGUGGAACAGGAGGAAGUGAGGGAGCUGAGGCAGACUUAGCAUUAGCAAGGAAGGACUUUGUACAGGCACAGGAGCGAGACGAGGAGCUGAUGGUUUUGGCGGAGACAGCUCUCUCUGACGCAGAAUUAAAAAGGGGGCCAGUGGGCUAUUGUGUGGAGGAGGAAGUGUUAAGGAAGAAAUAGAGACCAAGUACCGUGCCCGCAGAUGAGGAAUGGGGGGUGGUGCCAAAAAUUUAUGGGGAUGAGAUUCUUAACCUGGCCCACAAGAUACCCCUCGGUGGACAUUUUGGGGGGAGGAAAACAGUCGGCGGAAUCAUGAGAGAGUUUUACUGGCCUCACAGGAGGAAGGAUGUUAUUGACUAUUGCAGACGUGAGUUGACACAGUUACCAGCUUUUGAUAUGCUAACAGCUUGCCACGACAGGCGAACAAACUUAGUCGGUGUUAUCACGAAAAUUAAUGAGGCUAGGGUGCCACCUGAUAAAGGGAAAACCCAUUUCGACAAGAUAAGUAUGGUGCCGACCAGAUGGGAGAAGUCUAUUGUUUUGGCCAGCUUUGCUGAUAAGGUCUCUCCCUUAAUCCCCGAACAAAGCGACCCAUUAAGAGAGCCAACUAAACGGCAGGCACACGUAUGUCCGGAUGUCCUGAGGCGAUGCAAAGAGCCGGGACAUGGUGUUGCUGUCACAUCAGGUCAGCCUAGUGAGCAACACCCCUAUAGGAUGAUUAAUUCAGUGACAAAAGGGCUAAAGAACGCAGAAGUGUAUAUUGGCGAUGUAGUGGUCUGGAGUGAAACGUGGGAGGAGCACAUUGUGGCGGUAGAAGAACUGUUUAAACGGCUGUCCGAAGCCAACCUGACAAUGAACCUCGCAAAAAGUGAGUUCGGCCAAGCGAAGGUCACUUAUAUGGGAUUUCUGGUAGGACAGGAGCAGCUGGCUCUGAUGCAGGCUAAGGCGCGGGCUAUCUCUGAAGUCCCCACCCCGACAGACAAGAGAGCCCUGAGAAGGUUCUUGGAGAUGGUGGGGUACUAUCGGAAGUUUUGCAUAAAAAAACUUUGCGGAUAUUACCCACCCUCUUAAUAAGCCCUUGCCAAAGAAUGCUAAGUUGGUGUGGGACGACCCUUGUUAUCUGUGUCCGGGGCGAAAAUCACUGAGAAGUUACACUGAUCACAACUCAUUAGUGUUUUGGCCACUACGAAGUUUGCUAAGUUGGAGCCUGGUUUUAGCGGAUUAUUAAAAUAAAACAUAUAAAAGGAACGGAAAAUAUGAUUGCUGACUGUCUGUCAAGGUGUUGGCAACUUAAAAUUCUCUGUAUUAGCCAAAUAGCUGAUGACCAUGUAUAUUUGUGUGUAUCUAAUAAUGUAUUCAUGCCUAUAAUUUUUAUCCCGGUAAAAAUCCUUUGAAGGAUAGGGAUAUGUGACAACAGACCAAGUUAUCAGAAGAUUGAUGCCGAUAGGAGAGAUAAGAGAGAGACAAAUGGGGGAAACAUUCAAAAUGCUAAUCAGAGAGAGAUGAGAAAGAUUACCGAAAAGAGACACAGUUCCGAGUAUUGUUUAGACCGGUUGCUUUGAACCUGAACAGUUUGAAGUUUGAUGGACAGGCGAUACCCCAGCAGGGGGAUAAAAGGAACAGGUUCGCUAAGGCAAGACACACCACGACACCAUGAGAUAACGAGACCCUGGAAGUGCUGUGUGCCCCAACAAGUUGGUGCGAGUUUGGAGGUCUGGUCACGGGACCGACCAUAGACGCACAGGGUGGAAAGGUACAAUCGGUGGGAACCUGGUGUGUGUGUCUGCCCUUGCCUGGGUGCCGGGUUCACCGCAGAAGAACGAUCGUAUCCGGAACGGAGGGGUCACAGUCGGUGAUCACAGAAGACAUUACAAAGGGCUCGCCUGAAAGCUAACUGCGAGGAAUAUCGAAGGUCUGUUGAAUCCGAUUUGAAUAUCAUCAUUCGCUCUCUCUCUCUCCCCCCAAUGGCACAACAGCGAUUACUGCGAACUGAACUGAGCUGAACUGAACUCUGUGUCACUUGAGACUGAUCAUUUUACCCCAAGACUGCGAUAGAGCUUGAUUGUUCCUAUUAUCCUAGUUCUGUGUACAUGUGUGUUUUAUCAUUGCUAACCCGUUGCAUUUAUAUCCUUACGUUUAGAGUACUGUGUUACUUAUUUCUUUAAUAAAACUUUCUUAGUUCCAGUAAUCCAGACUCCAACUAAGUGGUCCAUUUCUGCCGGUUUGGCAA